GUUAUUAAUUUUUAUAUGAGAAAAUAAAUCAGCAAGAAUUCAACUAAGCAAUAUAAACAAUCUAAUGUAAACAAAAAGAUUGCAAAAGAUCCUAAACCCGAGUCUAACCAAAGAAUUUUACAUAUGUCAGAAGAAUAAUAUUAAGAGAAAAUUCAACAUCUAGAAUCGAGGAUAGCUGAACUCUAAGGUCCAGAUAAUUAGACAAAGCGCAAGAGAUUGUAUCAUGAGUUAGCUUAAUUAAAAAAAAAUGUGAAGUUAAUUGGUAUGAAAGUAAAUCUAAUGCAGAUCCAAAUGUAAUUGAGGAGAGGAGAUAAAAAGAUUUAGAGAGAAGAAUUUAAAAGAAGUUAUCUAAAAAAUAACAAGCAGUAGAGGAAGUACAAAAAGAAAAGAAGAAAAUAAAAAUGAAAGAAAAAGAUAAAGUUUGUUUGGUAUGUAAAAAAAUUGGACAUACAGCUUAACAUUGUAGAGAAGUAUAAAUAAUAUUUAGAUUCUAGAAUGUUUAACCAACAACUGAUGUGAUUUGUUAUAAUUGUGGUUCUUAAAAACAUACUCUUAAAGACUGUUAAAAACCUAAAUCUGGGUCUUUGAAAUUUGCAACAUGUUUUGUUUGUAAAGAAUCUGGACACAUUAGUAGGGAUUGUCCUAAAAAUCCUAAAGGAUUGUAUGCUUAUGGUGGUGGAUGCUAUAUUUGUAAUAGCACUCAUCACACUUAAGCUAACUGUCCUUUAAAUCCUAAGAAUAGAAUCAUCUCAUAAUAAUAAUAAAAAUAAUAGGAGGAUUACAUGAGUGAUUGA